AUGGCAAGCAAGCUUUUCCAGGUCGGCAUUAUUGCGGGCAGUCAGCGGCCGAUCCAAGUCGGCAGUCAAAUCACAGAUUGGGUCCAGGCCAUCAUCGAGAAGCAUCUGGGCAACAACAGCAACUUAGGAUUGCACCGCAUUGACAUCAAAGACCUCGGCCUCUCUGUAUAUGAUGAGCCUUAUCCGCCGGUUCAGAUCACCAGCUCCGACCAGUACACGAAAGACGCCACCAAGGCGUGGUCAAGGACUAUUGCUCCCCUCGACGCAUUUGUUGUUGUUACACCGGAGUAUAACGUCAAUGUUCCGGCAGGCUUGAAAAAUGCACUUGACCUACUCUACUUUGAAUGGACGAACAAGCCCUUUUUUAUCAUCAGCUAUGGAGGCAUGGGUGGAACAUUCUGUUACCAAAAUCUGAAGCGGUCCUUAACCCUGGCUAUGAAGGCUCGUGUGGUGGAGAACGGGGUAAACCUCGCUUUCGGUCCAGCUGAAAAUGGGAUUUCCUCAAAGGCGGUAACAGGCAAGGACUUGGGCUUGUCUGUAACUUCGGAUAAUACUUUGUGGGCAGAUAAGAGGGAAGACAUUAAGAAAGGUUGGGAAGAGUUGGUCAGCUUGCUGAACACAAAGCCAACGCAAUAG